GAGAUUAAUUUAUCCAUUGCUUUUGCAACUUUGAAGUUUUAUUGAUUGAAAUCUGAGAUCUUUCUCUCUUUAAAUCACAUUAAACUUCUCUAGCCUUUCUGUAACUAAACAAUCUUGAAGAGAAAUAAAGCAGGAUAUAAACACGCAAUCAAUGAAAUCUUUUAAUUCUCAGCUCCUGUCCCAGUUUCCUUCAAUCUCUUAAAGCUGUCCUCUCUAACCCCUCCCACAUGGCGCCGCCUGCCUGCCUGCCUGCCUGCCUGGUGAAUAAUUGACGAGCUCUCCCUCCUCUUUUCCGUCCUCUGCCAUUGUCGCGUCGCUCGUCGGGUUCUCCGGCCGUGACAGGCCGCCCUCCCCCGCCUCCAUCAUGUCCAGUUUCCACCUGCUGCUGGGCGGAUGGUGACAAACGGACCGGGAGCAGCUGCUGAUCUCUCUGGAGUCAUGAGGGACUUCCUGUUCGUCCUCCUGCUGGUCGCCGAGUCGUCCUGCGUGUUUCUGAACUGGACUUGUGAUCGAAGCUGCGUUUGCCAUGGAGACCUUAAGUUCACCACCUGCUCGCAUGAUGACCUCACCCAGCUUCCCGUCAUGGUCCCGCCCUCCACCGAACUCCUGGACCUGUCCAACAACCUCAUCUCCGUCGUCCCCAAACACGUCUUCAGCAGCAACCGCAAGCUGAGGGUUCUGCUGCUGCAGAACAACAACAUCAGCCUGGUGGAGGACGGCGGCUUCGCCCAGCUGGAGUUCCUGCAGAAGCUGGACCUGAGCUGGAACCGGAUCUCCGUCCUCACAGAGGGAUUCUCCGUCGGCCUGACCUUCCUGCGGGAGCUGCAGUUGUCCCACAACCAGCUGACCGGCCUGGACAGUCGGAGUUUCCUCCACCUGGACGGCUUGCAGAGGUUAAACUUGACCAACAACAGCAUCCAGAGCAUGGAGGUGAGGUCGUUCUCCUCCAUGAGCAGCCUGCGCCAGCUCCACCUGCAGGACAACCAGCUGACGUCUCUGCGGAGCGGCACCUUCUCUAUGCUGCGCUCCCUGGAGGUCCUCAACCUCGCCGGCAACCAGAUCCAUGAGAUGGAGUUAGUCGUGUUCAACCCGCUCACCAGCAUGACCUUACUGAACCUGGCAGACAACCAGCUGUCCACCGUCUGCUUCAAGACCUUCCUGAACAUCCACACCUACAGCACCCACAUCCUGCUGCAGAGAAACCCCUGGAACUGCGACUGCGAGCUGCAGAGGGUUUUCCGGAAGCUGCGCAGCAUCCAGAGGAUCUUCCUGGACGAUUACUACAACCUGACCUGCAGGGAGCCGUCCGUCCUGCACAACCACCGGCUGAUGGAGGUGGACAGCGAGCUGUGCAUUGCUGAGACCGUCACCGUGCUCAUCAUCACCAUCACCGUGGUGAUAACCGUGCUGGCCGCCAUGCUUAUGGGCGAGAGGAAGAAGAAGAAGAGGAGGAAGGGGCUGCACUGGACCCAGCAGAGGGAAUUCUCGGAUGACUCGGAUUUCUGAAGCAAACUGGUUUAUUUUCCUGGAAACUUUUACUGGAUGUUCAUUUACACCUAAAGUGAAACUCAGCGGUAUUCGUUUGCCUUGAACUCUUGCUAAUGCCGGUUCUUACAUGGACAAGCCCCUCCCUCGGCGUUCUCCUAACCAAUUACAAUACAGGAAAUCUAAAUUCUUGGGGGGGUCAAAGGGCAGUGCAACCCUGCAGAGAGCCUGUAAAAUUAUCUCCAUAUUCAUCCAGACUGAACAGAAACACCUUUCAAAACAGAGCUGAUACUGUGGGACGAUAUGGAUUUAUUUUGUGAUAUUAAUGUGAUUACGAUAAAAAUUAUGAUUAAAAAACUAGUUUUCUACACAGGAUAUUGUUCUUGAAAACAUUCUCAUUUGUAAUAGACUUAUUCAGAACAUAACUGACUUAAAAUGUGUGAUUCAUUUCACUAUAAUUCACUCAAUAAAUGCAUUU